CAAAGGAGAGUUAGAAAGUACAUGCUAUUUAUUGUACAAAUAGUGUUAUGUAGUAUUAUUACAUAUACUAUACCAUAAACUGCAUAUACAAAUGCUAUAUACUGUUUGUACUAAAGGUAAAUCUCUAAGCAAUGGUGAAUGGAGUUAAAAGGGGGAAAAGUUUUUUCCAACAAAGUUAAUCGGUUAUUCUGAUGUUUCUCAGAUCAAGGGCCGGUACUAGUUACUGAUCCAAUGAUGUCCUGGAAACAAGCCCAGAGUUUCUGUAGAGAAAACUUCACAGACUUAUACACGGUCAAGACCGAGAGUGAGAAUCAACUGCUAAACAUGAUGAUCAAAAAUGAUAGUUGUGCCUGGAUCGGUCUGUACAGAGACUCAUGGAAGUGGUCUGAUCAGACAAAAAAACAACCAGAUAAUUUGUCUUUCAAUGAAAUCUGCACUGCUGUCGAUAAGGAUGGUCGGAUUACUGAUGAGCUCUGCUCAGAGAAGUUUUUCUUUGUUUGCAAAAGUCCAUUACGAGUAAGGCAACAGAUCCUGAGACUGAAGGUGAAAGCAGGUGAUCAUGUCACUGAUCGUGUGACUGCAGAUGCUGUGUUGAAGGAGGUCCAGAAGAAACUCAGAGAGCAGGGAAUGGCAGCGGAUGUGAAGUUCUCAUGGCAGGAGCAGCCGAAUGGAGCGGUGUUCCAAAAAUUUAAAAAACAACAUUAUAGAUCGGGGUGUUGACCGUGUUAUUGACACCCCAUUGACCCACUUUGGUAAAAACAAUGAUUAAAUAUUUGAUUAAAGAUGAUUAAA